AUGGCAGUGUCUUCAUUGAAAGCGGAGGCCAUGAUCGAUAAGCUGCCGGCCGAGUUGACCAUCGACGUCAUGAGCUACCUGCGACCUCACGAUCUGACUCAGCUGGCACGAGCUUCAAAACGGUAUCGCGGGUUUGCGCAGUCUGCGCUCUGGACAAGUGUUGGUGACUCAGCACUGUAUCUGAAGCAUAUCGAGCUCCACCGCCAAGACGCCCACGAUAACUGCUUCACUCUUUCCCACAAGCAGCCUCCCAGAGCCUACCUGGAGGACUACUUGCUACAUCCAUGGUGCUACCGCGAUUACGACGGGGUAGAUGCCGAAUACGACACCAGAAACGAGCAGUUUCGUGCUGCCAUCAGGGAGAUGUAUGCGUCCAAUGGCAAAUCUGAAGCUUGGGAUCGGAUCAAGCCGGUCGUACGACACCUGUGCCUCACGGUGACGCAUGAGAGCCCGCCCGACAUCUGGAACACUAUUCUCUCACUCCCUAAUCUCCGUACGAUUGAGGUUAUUGGCGAGUACUCCGAAGAUCGGAGAUCCCACGGUCACUUGGACACCUUUUUGAUGAUACCCACUGGCUUAUAUAUUCAUCUUAAUCCGAAGAUCGGAGAGGGCCGCCCACAGCUCAACUGGGCCUCCGGCAUCCGGCGGCAACCAGUGUACAGAAUGGCUUCAGCGUCUACUAUCGUCAGUCUCGAUCUCGGCCUUCUCGAUGAACCAGAGUUCUUCAGAGGCCACGAAUUGGAGCUGUCGGAGUAUGGAGAGACUAUAUGUCCGGUCUACAUUGGUCCCCGAGGUGGCCUAUGGCAUGAUGCAGCAUGGCCUGAAUUCGCCUCGCUCACUCAUUUGCUACUGUGUAAGCCUGUUUGGUUCAAUGGAUUCCGCAAGAGACCCAAUGAUCUUGACUACGAAGCCCCUCAAAUGAAGCAAUGGGCGUCUCUGCUGCGAUCUAUUCGUCUCACCGCGGUAGAGAUCGUGCUGGAACACCGGAAAAUAUUCGUCGACCGCCAUGACGAGGUCGAUGAGCACAUCAAAGCGGAUGCAGACGUCAAAUGCCCCCCUGAUAUCCGAUUUCGUCAUCGGGUGGUAGAGCAAGCUUUCACCGAACCAUGGCCAAAUCUCAAGACCUUGACCUUCCGCGGCAUGAGCUCCGCCAAAGGCGACUACUGGCCUAAAGCAGGUCCGGAUGAAUCCCUACAAGACUAUUCAAGGAAGCUGUUACCAGGAGUUCAGGUGAACCAGAUUCCAGGCAACUACAUGUUCUUCAACACUGAACGUGGCACAAUUCUCAACCAACAUGGCGCCGACGGACUGAAAGUGCAUCUCGAGUUCGACGGAAAACACGAUCUUGAGGCUCUCUACGACAGUGACAAUUUCACUGAUGAGGACGAUUGGGAGUGGAGGAGAACUUCGUUGGACUACUUGCACCACCUUUCAACGCGCGAAUAG